AUGGUCCCAGCCGGUGUGCGGAUGGACCUCGCCGACGGAUCGAUGCAACUACCCGACGAGGUCGGAAUACCGCUUAAUGGCCGUAAGAGACUUUAUGGCGAGAAGGUAAGAUCAGUGAUUCUCGAACGAUCUCUACGAAUCCCGGUCGGCCGGUCGGACGAAACAGCGGCGAGGAUAAAAUUGUCGGCCACUGAGGAACUGUGGGUGACCAGAGGGGACCGAUGGAGACCGACUGUGACGGAAGGCCCCGGUCGGAUCCGCUACCAGGUGAUCUCGAACAUUGGAGGAGAGAUCCUACGGCUGGACCACCGGUUCGUGUCCGUUGGGUCACGUCGCUACCGGGAAUGGCAGAAUCUGGCAUUGGAAUCGACAGUGUAUACUAGAUCGGAGCCUCCAGAGCUCAUAGAGGACAUGGUGGACCCUGCAACGGAAAAUCGGACUGAAAUCAAGGAUACCGAGCCGAAAACGGAAAAUCUGAACUGUCAAACCCAGAUCAAACUCGAUCCCGGCAAAGCCUUCGAUACUAAAUCGCCGAUCCACCCGACCGAGGGCGUCGACCUACGAGAUCAGCUGGCGGAAAGAGCAGCAGCGACCACCCCACAGGAUGCCGUGGACGACGAAGAGAUAUAUUACCACGAGAGCGGUAAUAUCUCAGCUGAAGAUCUCGAGGGAAACCUCGCUGUCCUCCCUGAGAUCCCGAUCUCGACGACCGCGAAGGUCAGUAUUGAGGAUCUGCAGGUGGGAGACUCCGGAUCGGCCACACCCGAGGAGAUCGAGAGACUCCGGCAGAUCAUCUGGAAAAAGCGGCAUCUCCUGAUCGGCAAAGAGAACGCCUUUUACCCCCUGCGGCCAAAGGCGUCGUGUGUGAUAUCGAUGUCGGGAAUGCGAAACCGAUCGCACUGCCAACCCGGAAAGUGCCCACGCGAUUUCGGCCUCCUGGCCGCCGAGAUCAUCCGACCCUCGACAUCACCAUGGGCUUCACCGAUCGUGAUUGUUCGCAAGAGUAACGGCGUGGAUAUCAGGUUGUGCAUCGAUUACAAGCUGGUAAACAGUCUCACGAGGCUGAUGGUCUACCCCAUGCCCCUGAUCAGCGAUCUACUGGAGGAUCUGGACAAAGCACUA